AAUUUGCUGUCUCUAGACUGUUUAAACUACUGACAGCAGAUUGUGCCACCAUUAGAAAGUGUUAUUUUUAACAAAAGGUUUAAUUUGAGGUUAAUACAUUUAUAUAAACAAAUAUCUAACAUUAAGUUUCGAAAGAAACCAAACAUCAAAUAUUACUUUUAGCUGUAAGAUGUCUAAAAAAGGAGUGAGUGCUGAUGAAAAGAAAAAUAGAAUGUUGCAGUUAUUUUAUGAAAAAGGAGAAUGUUUUCAACUGAAGUAAGACCACCAAGACCAGGAAACGUCAGCUCGAAAAUUUACAAGAAAAGUGUGGGGAGGCAACAAAAAAAUUGAAAAUUCUAGAGAAAACUGUGACAGAUUCGAAGGAAAGCAAAGAUAUUGAUAAACAGCGCAACAACAUUAUCGAUGAAAUCAAUGAUAAAGAAUUAGAGUUGAGUGGUUUGAAACAACAACUAAAAUCUUAUGAGGAAAAUGACCCCCAGAGAUUUGAGGCUCUGAUGAAAAAAACAAAAGAACUGAAAGAGGCAAUCAAUCGAUGGACUGACAAUAUAUUUGCAGUGAAGGCUUGGUGCAAGAAAAAAUUCUUCAUUGAAGAUAAUGUUUUGAACAAACAGUUUGGCAUUCCUGAAGAUUUUGAUUACAUUGAAUAGUUUUAGUGAUUCUUUUUCAAUAAAUAUUCUUGUGUUCUAUCCAA